AACCCUUUGUUUUUUGUUUCUUUCAUCUCUCAUAUUUGUUUUCCUCCUUUUCUUGACUAUUAAAAAGUAAGAAUAAAAAAAACUCAAAACCCUAAAUUCUUUGUCUUUCUCUUCCCCCUUCACCUUUUCAUGGAUGGCCUCCCCAGUCUUCAGCAUCUUCAAUACAUUUCAAGUGAAAAAACCCACUUCCACGACUGUUUCCCCCUCAAAAGCCCUAAAUUUCUUUGUCUCUCUUCCCCUCUCGAAACCCACCUCCAACGGCUUAUUCUCUCAAUCUUCGUGCUAUGUUCACGAUCUUGUAGAUAUCCACAAUCUCAGCCGCUCUCGUCUGACUUCCUCACCAAUAUUCAUAGAUCCACGAAAAUUUGAACGUUUCACAAUCAAGUUGCAGUUUAGUGAUCAGUCCCCCAAACUUCCUCCUACACCACCUGGUGUUCGUCUGGGGAAACUUUCUUCAAACAACUUAGUUGAUAGUAAUUCUGCUCCAUUCAGAUUAGAGUUUGGUAAUGGUGAGUUUAGUGGGGUUGAACUGAAGAAAAUUAUGGCAAAUGACAAACUUAUCAAAAUUGCUUUAACUGAUCCGAAGCAUGCAAAGAGGAUCUUGGCAAACCAUCAGUCUGCUGCUCGAUCAAAAGAAUUAAAGACGUAGUAUAUAUCUGAGUUCGAACACAAGGUUCAGACUCUUCAAACAGAAGCUACCACUCUGUCUACCCAACUCACAUUCUUACAAGUAGAAAUCUUGAGUAUUGAUGAUUCUUUUCUAUUUCAUUUUCCUGUUGCUAAAUUCUUGGUUUUUCCAUAAUUGCUCUAUAUUCAGAGUACCAUCAAUUAACAUUAUCAACUUCUAUUCUCGCCUAAAAAUGAUUGAGUUAUCUACUUCUAUCCAUUUUAGAUACUGGGAGUCUUGUUAGCAAUUAUGAAAUCAAUUUUAGAUACUAGUAUCCUAAGGUAUGUUGCCACCCACAUUUUACUAAGUUUGCUUUGGCUGUUGUGGCUGACAAAUAACCAAUUGCUUCUCUUAUACUUAAUACAGGAUUCGAGCAAGUUUGUUGUCAAUGUGGUUGUGUCUGCUACAACAGUUAUUGAGAAGAAAAAGGAAGAGUCCACUAGGAGUCUAAUUAUGACAUAUGGGUUUCAGCUUGUUUGAUUAAUUUGUAAGUUGGAGAGAUAAUAGGACCUUUUAUGUUUUUCAUUUUUAGAUAUGGGGUAGAUGGAUAGUUUUAAUAGAAGUUUUUGAGAUCUAAUUUUUGAAACUGUUCAUAUUGGGUUCACUAUUAGAGUUAUGUUCCUUAUAUUCUUUUGGAAGGGAAAAAUAAAAAGGAUAUUGUCCUUUUAGAAACUAUUUAGAAAAAUAUUUUUGUUUUCAAACUAUUUGUAAAAAUAUUGUUUUUUUUUUUUAAAUAAGUCGAGGAUUGAAAAUUCGACCUAGAUAGGUCGAAUUUUGAACCCUCGGCCUUCCUUUCAUUUGUACGUCAAACUUUGAACCCUUGACCUUGUCCUUUCUAACAUUAUUAUUGAGUCUGUUUAAUUAUCA